UACAUGCAAGGCCAUUUUUCGGGGAGGGACCAUAGCUUUUACCAGUGUGUCAAAAAGUAUAAGAACCUAGCUCUGACUACUUUCAGAGUCCCUGCUGGUCUCGCAGGGGUUUUAGUCCAGAUGGGGAAAAGCAGCCAUGGGUCUUAAGCUAAGGCCUCUUUUCCCAAAGUCCUCUUUAAAGAGUCUCUCUUAUGCCUGGAAAUAAUAAAAAAAUUCCAGUUGGCAGAAAAUUCCAGGGGCAGUUAGGAGGCCCCUAGCCUGUGGAUCAGGGAGGGAAGAUAGGAUCCCUGGGGCCAUCAAGAGAAUAUGGGGGGACCCUCAGAGUACUGAGUUCUGAUCCCUUGCACCUUUGAGCAAAUCCCAAUUGCCCUAAGCCUCAGGUGGGUGGCAGGCCUCUUCCUGCUGGCGCUCUGUCCUCCCUCUCUCUGGCCCUGCCCAGCUUCUGCUAGUCUGUGAGCCUCCAGGAGUCUUAGCACCCCUAAAUCCCUUGGGAGGCACUGGGCCAAUCUGAGAGCCCAACCUGAGGAGCAGCCAGCAGUGAGGAAUCUGGAUCCCUUCUGAGAAAAACCCGCCAUGACCCCCAGGAAGAGCCCAGAACAAACACUGAUGUGGGAGCCCCUCCUGGAACCCCAGGGCAAGCAGCCUCUGCCAGAUCUCCCCCAAGAAGAGUCCCUGCCGGAGGACUUGGGCCUCAAGGCAGUUCCUAGCACACAUACUCUCUAUGUGGGCCACCUGAACCCCCAGUUCUCAGUACCUGUGCUCGCCUGCCUGCUACGAGACACCCUGGAGCGGCUCGAGCUGCCUGUGGCUCGGGAGCACAUCGAGGUGGUGAGACGGCCGAGGAAUGCCUAUGCACUAGUGCGGGUAACCACCCAGAAGGCCACCAUGGCCUCCCUCCCCUGGCGCCUGCAGAUGGCCUUGGAGGAGCAGCUGAUUCUGAAAGAGCUGACGGCCCGCGGGAAGGAGCUGGUAUUGAGUGAGAGCCGAGUGCCCCUAAGCCACAGAGAGGUGAAACAAGAAGAGGAGGAAGACAGUGGCCCCAGCCCUGGCCCCAGCCCUGGCCCCAGCCCAGGCUUCAGCCUCCGGCUGCCAGCCUGGCCUGCAAACCGCUCACCUAACCUGCGCUGCACUAGGCGGCGGCAGAUUUUCCAGAACCAGCCCAGAGGUGUGCAGUCUGACAGCGCCAUUGAGCACCAGGAGAUCCUGGGCCAGGAACGGCUAUUCCAGGGCGCCUUUCUGGGCAGCGAGACGCGGAACGUGGAGUUCAAGCGGGGCAGUGGUGAGUACCUGAGCUUGGCCUUUAAGCACCACGUGCGGCGCUAUGUGUGCGCCUUCCUCAACAGCGAAGGUGGCAGCCUGUUCGUGGGUGUUGAGGACAGUGGCCUAGUUCAGGGCAUCCGCUGCAGCCACCGUGAUGAGGACCGUGCCCGCCUACUGGUGGACUCCAUCCUGCAAAACUUCAAGCCCCAGGUCUUUCCUGAUGCCUACACUCUCACCUUCAUCCCAGUCAUCAGCACCUCCACUUCCAGUGUGCCUCUCAAGGUGCUCCGCCUGACUGUGCACACCCCCAAGGCCCAGAGUGAGCCACAGCUGUACGAGACAGACCAGGGGGAGGUGUUCCUGCGGCGCGAUGGGAGCAUCCAGGGCCCACUGUCCGUCAGUGCUAUCCAGGAUUGGUGCAGGCAGAAGUGGACGAUAGAGCUGGGCAAGCUGGAGGAGAAGGUGAAGGUGCUGACGGCGGAAAAGGAGCAGCUCCAGCAGCAGCUGCAGCACCACUGGCCUGUGUCAUGCACCUGCUGUGUCCUGUGA